AUGUCUGUGCGCCGCCGGCCUUCAACCACUUCUCUAUCCAAAUAUCUCCGAUUUAGCACUCCGGACUUACAACCACAAUCAGUUGAUUUCUGCAAUGCAUUUUUGGGCUUGGGCGAUGGUGUUGCCGAUGUACUUUUUGCACGCAUGCAGGGGGCUGCGAGGACGGUUAAGGAGUUGAAGAAUUUUUGGAAAGAGAGGUGCGUUGGAGUAGGUUCUCAAUGUUGGUUCAAGGAGCUCACACACCCUUGCGUAUCCUUUAGGGCAGCGAUCGAGGAAGAUUAUGCCAAACGUUUAACCAAAUUGUCGAAAAUGGUUUUGGGAACGGAUGAAAUUGGAGAAUUACGCAAUUCCUUGAACGCCGUCAAAUUCGAGACCGAGCGCCAGUGCGGUAUCCACCUUAACCUUGCGCAGCAAAUACACAGCGAUUUGGAGUCCCCAGCCGCUGCGAUUUACACGCGGCGACUCCAGCACAAGAAAGUUGCCCAAGCGGCCAUCGAGAAGGACUUCAAAACGAAACAGACGCAAGAGACCUACGCAAACAAAGCGCGCGAAAAAUACGAAGCGGACUGCAUGCGGAUCAACUCAUACACAGCGCAGUCAUCGUUGGUCCAGGGAAAGGACAUGAAGAAGGUGAGUAUAAAAGUGGAACGCGCACAACAGACUGUGCAAAUCAAUGAGCGCGACUUUGCCAACUUCUCGAAAGCUUUGCAAGAUACUUUCACUAGCGAUCCCCAAACCAUAUCAACUAUGGGAACCUGCGGCCAAACGGUUACGCACUCGGAAGAACUCUGGUUCUGGCUCUUCCUCGUAAACUCAGGGACAACUUGGUUCAGAAGCUUGUAUUUCAAAACAUGGGUGGUUGGCUCAUGUAUAGCCGUCAUAUACACGCCCCGGGUGAUAAUCUUUACGAGGCACGACCCACUCGUACGGCACGAAGGUGUUGACACCGGGACCAUCGUACGCUUGGCUGAAUUCUCCGAGUUAAAAGUAUUAGUCAACAACUUGCUAGGAAAUAUUUCUUGCUUACGUCCCUAUUCACAGAUGAUUUGUGUUGUUUUCCGUUUUCUGUUUACCAUCCCAAUCCUUAUUCUUGGGUUUGACGGCGUGCGACCUCACCACAUUAUUAACGAGGUUGUAUUUUGGACGGGUAAGAUUCAAACAAGGCUCCUCGGUAAAAAGAAAUUCUGA